GACCAGGAGCUGCUGCGAAGUCCUAAUAUUCACCGGCUUCUUUCUCCUCUGGGUCCCAGUUCCUUACUGUCCUGUAGGCGUUUGUGCUUGUGGCCAAGAGAAGGAGGACUUAAAUUCCUUAAAUCUCAGAAGGUCCACGGGUCUGCGUUCACUGACAUCUGGAGGCAAGAAAAAGAGGAAACUAUCCUUAAUCUUCAUAGCUGGAAACAUCAUGCAAAAACCCUGUAAAGAAAAUGAGGGAAAGCCCAAGUGCAGCGUGCCAAAGAGAGAGGAAGAACGCCCCUAUGGAGAAUUUGAACGUCAGCAAACAGAAGGGAAUUUUAGGCAAAGGCUGCUUCAGUCUCUCGAGGAAUUUAAAGAGGACAUAGAUUAUAGGCAUUUUAAGGAUGAAGAAAUGACAAGGGCGGGAGAUGAGAUGGAAAGGUGUUUGGAAGAGAUAAGGGGUCUGAGAAAGAAAUGUAGGGCUCUGCAUUCUAACCAUAGGCAUUCUCGGGACCGUCCUUAUCCCAUUUAAUGCAUUUCUCUGCUGAAUUCAAUUAUUUUAUGUUACUAAUAUUACCACCAUUGGUUUCUUUUUGUCUGCAUGUUCUUGCUAAAUAUUGCUACCAUUUUACUCCUAUCCUUCAAUGUUCCUUUGAUUUGCAUAUGACUCCUGCUUCCUACAUCUCAUCUUUUGACAAUUUCACUCAUUUAAUAAGGAUGUUUCAUUCAUAUGCAUGGGAAGAUGCUCACUGUAUACUGUAAAGUGAAAAUAAUAAGUUGCCAAACAGUGUGUGUAUGUGUAUAUAUACACACAUAUAUAUGCACAUGCACACUUUAUAUGUACAUUUAUAUAUGACAUAAUGCAAAAGAAAAAGUUAGAAUUAUUAUACGCCGAAAGGUUAACAGUGAAUUUCUGCGUGAUAUGUAUUUUAUUUCUUUUUUGCAUAUCUGCAUCUUCUCAUUUUCCAAAAAAAAUGAAUAUAUGUGCAUAUGUGCGUGUAUUAUUUGUUUCACAAAGAACUAAAAUAAACAGACACAAUAAAAACUUGUCAAUCACCUUUGAAGGGCAGUAAAACACUUAAAAAUCUCUUGAUAAGAACUAUAAAAAAGAAAUAUAAACUUCAAAUUACCUUUGGACCUCUUAGCCAGAGGAAUAAAACUGACAAUUAUUACAGAUAUACUUGCUUAGACUCAGUCUUUUCAUGGGGAAAAUAUUUGCCUCACAGAGCUGCUGUAAGGAAGAAAUGAGGCAACUCUGAGCUGGGCCAAGUAGACUCAGUCCUACCUGUGCAUACAGAACUCCAACCCACUACAGAACAUCAGUUAUUGGAGGGAGGUCCCUGGCAUGACUUACCUGUGCUCAGGAACGAGUUCACUAGUAGGCAGGGCAUUGGGGGCUUCCAUGCCAGUCAUCUGCUGUUAAACCCCACUCCUCCCCUGGGUUCUGCCAUGCCUGGUGGGCACUGCUACCUCCUCUGCUGGGUCCUUUACUCUGCUGGCCCUCACUGCUCCUGAGACAUUGGAGUGCUUGGGUGCCAAAUCCCACUCAAUUUCCUGGAGUCCUUACUGGGUUGAACCUCCAUUCUUUUCUGAAGUCUGUCUACUUUAUAGUGACCCUUAACACAGGUGAGACUGCCCUAGGAUUGCUUGAGCCACAGUGUCUUGCAGAGUUUUUAGCAAAACAGCCCCUUUUGUUUUUAAUUCCAGGACCUUUCCUCUAACUAGGAGUCAGACAUGAUGAGGUCAUUUGAGGAGUAGGACCAAGGUACAAGUUUGAAUAAAAAAAGUGCUGUAGUCAGAGUUGCUGCCUUACCUCUAAACACUAAGGUUUUAUCUUCCUUCUCUUGUGAGAUGAUCUCUCCAUGAAGGCUCCUGGCAGGCCUGUCCUACUGGUUCAGAAGACUCUCGGAGGACAUGUAUAAAUUGCACAAAACAAUGCAGGAAAUAUAUCUAAGAAAGCAAUCCUCAUCUUUCUAUCACUUCUCUUUCUGAAACAUAUGUAAAAAUUCUU